CGACUACGGAUUCAGUGACGUGUUUGGUGUCGUCUUAAAAGUGACGUAGUAUAUUAUUAUUAGAAAUGACAAAUACUUUCGAAACGACUAACCGUUCGGAUUUUACGUGGCCUUUCCUGGCGGAGAGACAGCGGAUUUUUGACUGGGACCAAUACGAAUUCAAAGCCGAAGCGGAACGUCCACAUUUUCUGGCACCACAGUCGUUUAGCAACGUGGAGACACUCAAGACGAUACCGUACGCACAAAGGUUGCCUUUCGAUUUCGAUUGCUAUCCUAAACCCAUUUUGUGUAGCCAGAAACCUAUUACUCAUUACCCAACCGAGAAAGUGAUUGAGUACGAUAAAGAUAAAGCAGAGGCAAGAUCGAAUAUCCUGAGGACGAGACCCAGAGUUUUCAAGUGUCCUCAGAUCAGUCUCGAUGAUGUAUCGGCUGACAGGCGGGACAUGGUGUGCACCUUCGUGUACAGCACUUCAAAAACAAUGAGUGAACUAACUUCUGGCGUGCCAGAGGGUCGACCGAUUCCCGUCGACAUACCGUCAAAACCAUUCGCCACGGACCCGGGCAAAUUCCAAAAACAGCCAUUAUACAAGAAUAUAAAUCCUGCUAAAAAUUGGCGACAUGUCAGUAUUGAAUGGGAUGAAACGCAGAGACGUAUUUUCGGUGGCCGGACUAUAAACUGAUAUACACAAUGACAUCAAAUUAAAGUUAAAUUGCUAAUGCAUUAUUGAAAUGUGGUGUAUUUAUUUAAUACAUUAUAUUACGCACGAUUUAGAUUUUAUAAGCACGUAAAAAUACCAACUAAGUAUAAUUUUUUUAUUUAUAAAAGUGCUACAAGGAACUUAUUGAUAUAAAAUAAUGAUAAAUAGAAUUGUUUAUUAUUAUUAUUAUUAUUAUUAUUAUUAUUAUUAUAAUUUUAAUAUAGUGAAACCUCCUCUAACGGACACCUCAAAAUAGCGGACGUUUUUUUGGGAACAAACUACAAACUUUCUACAACUGAACCUUCUGAAUAGCGGACACAUCCGAUUGGCGGACAAAAUAUCAGUGAUCAAAAGUGUCUUGUAUGGCUGUAUCUAGAGGUUUCACUGUAUCUAUUAUACAUUAUAUAUAUUCAAUAAUUCGUUGGAUAUUUAAUCUUUAGUUGUAUUAUUUUAUUAUUAUUCAGUCGUAUAACUUUUAGUUUAGAAUUAAAAUAAGAAUAUAAUAUACAUUAUAGUAAAUGUUUAAUUUAUCAUUGUAACAUAUUAUAUUGUAACAAUAGUAAAUGUUUAAUUUAUCAUUGUAAAAUAUUAUAUUGUAACAAUAGUAAAUGUUUAAUUUAUCAUUGUAACAUAUUAUGUUGUAACAAUAAUGUUAUAAAUGUAGGUACCUAUAGAUAAAUUAAUUAUUUUAAUUACCUACGUAUUACCAUUGAUUAUAAAAAUUAUUAGAUAGUAUUAACUAUUAAAUAGUAUUUAUAAUCAAUGGUAGUAUGUUAUUAUUUUUCAUAUAUU